CAAUUUCAUAAUACAAAUCUUCCAAAUGUGGAAACAACAGAGCGCAGACUGAGCAGAAGGCUUUUUUUUAUCUACGUACAGGAAGUCUAAGGUUGAAAGAGAAACUGAGCGGCGUGGCGAGCAAACAGGAAGUGAAGACUGCGAGUUUACGAACAACUCUUGAAACAAAAUGGCUACAACCGAAAUAGCGAUUCUUGAUGCACUUAAGGAGCUACUGGAAGCCGAGUUCAAAGAAUUCAAAUGGCAUCUCUCCAAUAGUGGGACAAAAGAAGACUCUAUUCCUCGUGGGAAACUGGAGAACAUCAGUCGCCAUGAUGUUGUGACUCUCAUGGUGCAGCAGUACAGAAGUUCAGACGCCGGGAAGAUCGCAGUCAGAGUGCUAAAGAAAAUUAAUCAAAAUGAGCUUGCUGAAGAACUAAAGAAAAAACUUCCGGAAGUUUUAGAGGAUGUUUCUGCUGAAGGUGGAGCAUCAUCCAGUGCAGCGGCUGCAAAAGUUUCCACUGCAGGAGUUAACGUUACCAUAACCUCCUCCAAUGGAGGAAGUGUAAAGGCCCCUGUUAUUCACGGUGGUGUGUUUAACGGCCCAAUAAACUUCAGCUAAUGCUCAA